GUCCCUCUCUCUCUCCUCUCUUCUCCAUCAUUCAGCCCUCUAUAUGCGCUGCAUCCUACACCGGUCGCCAAUAGAUGGCUAUCUAUGAAUUAUCCAGUCUCUACUACAGUAUCUUUCCGACAGAUGAACCAUCUGCAAUCACCGGCGGGGGUUUGUUGACGGACUCCGCAGCUACUUGCCGCAACCCGGCUUGACGUGAUCAUUCGUCAAAGAAAAUUAUUCAGCAUCUAUUGAAAUCUAACUUUUAUCUAUCCUCCGCGACCCUUGUCGUCAUCUCGAGCCGAUUCCUUUGAGUGUCCGAGUCUCCACGAUCAAGCCAUCCCCUCUACAAGAUGGUCCAAACCCGACCGAAACGCGAUGCGAGCUAUGCGUCGAACCGCUUGACGAAGAACAAUGGACCAACCAGAAGUCUUUUGUCAAGCUUUAGAAAGCCAGUUAAUGACGCUGAGAAGGAUACUGUGAAGACUGAGAAGGACGAAAAACCUCCCAAACCGGAGCCAGCUACGGACGAUGAGCCCGUCAGCUCCAGCGACGAGGAUACCAAGCUCGAUGGGGACUCCGAGUCGGAAGAUGAAAUCCGGCCCCGCGCGUCGGAGGAGAAGCUCGAGGUCAAGAUGGCAAAGAGCUCGCCUAAGAGCGAAAAGGAGAUAGGGUCCCCUCGCUUUGGGAAAUCGCCGCAGAAAAAUCGCAAAAGGGCCGCGACGGGCCCAGCUCCCCUGGAUGAAGAGGGUGAAGGCAUGUUCCUGGAAUGGAGUGCGUCGCAAUCAUACAAAAGACGUAGAUCAGCCCAUUACCCAUCGAAGCGCACAUCGGACGUACACAUCACAGCGCCGAGUUCGAACAAGGCCUCUGCGAAGUCGGAAACGCCUCCUGCGAGUGCUCGCAAGGAAAAGCCUAAGGCAGGCAAGAAGGCUGGGACCACUUCGGCGAAGGGAAAGGAAACUCCAAAACCUGAAUUUAAAGUCCCAAUCGGCGCCGACAUCGAAGGUCCGAGUUCCAGUUCCAAGACUCGCUCCCAACCCGAGUUCAAGGUGCCUCCGUUCCCUGCGGACGGGAUAUCCAGCUCCUCCUUCGCUACUUCAUCUGCUCGAGAACCACCAACUUUGGACUUUGACGACGAUGACUCUCCUCUCAGCACCCCCCUUAGCUCUGCUUCUUCGACCUUCAUGCAACAGUUCGAGCUGGACGAUGAAAUGCUCGCCGUGAAGGAUGAGUUGGAAAAUAUCGAAUCCAAAGAAGGAUCCUUCUGCCCGAUGUGCAAGCAGGCCGUGGACCCAGAGCUUCUGAUGCGGUUCCAAAAUCAACCAAGACAACGGAUCCGCGAUCAGAAACGUUUCUGCGAGUCGCACAAGCAGCAGUCUGCCCAAACAGAGUGGCAGGAGAAGGGGUAUCCCAGCAUUGACUGGGAUAAAUUCGACGACCGCAUCAACGACCAUUUCGACUACAUUGACACCCUCUUGACCUCUGAAAGUCCUUCCUACUUCAGGAACAUCUUAGACACCACCAUGAAGUCUGGCAAAGCGCAGAAUUUCCGGCUGACGCUCGCUGGAGAUGGUCUAGAGACGAUAUCUUGCGGCUAUUAUGGCACCCGUGGUGCCGAUAAAAUGUACGGUGCCGUCCUUGCCAAUCCUCUCACUUAUCUUGCAUGAAGCUAAUUGAUUCAUUUCUAGGCUACACGCGCUCACGUCGCGAUUCUCCCACAAACUUCGUCGCCUGGCGACGAGUGACCAUAUAGUCAAAACUGCCGGCGUUGUUGGCUACACUCAAGCCGUGCUUGUCCCCGAAUUGGCUGUCCAGCUCGUCAAAGAAGACAUGAACGUCAACGAUGAGUCCGCGCGACAGAUCCUGCGUGAGACUAUCGACAUCGGCGAGAAAUUCAAUUUUACGCUAAACGACAAGGUCUCGGUCCCUGAAGAGGAAGAGGAAGAGAAUGCGAUGGUGACGGCAGAAUAGGUGUACUAACAAUCUAUCACAUAAUGAGCGGUGUUUGUUUGCUUUUUGCUACAGGGCCCAUUUUCGGCUGCUUUUGUUUUCCCAUUGUGAGCUGUUUGUUUGAACCAGUGUAUAUAAGUGAAGUUCGGCCAAGAUACCUUUCUGUUUGCUGAUUGUUGUAGAAGGAAUAUCAAUAUCAAGUCCCUGAGUAUCCUGACU